AUGGAUACAGCAUCACAAGAACAACCCCUCUCACCGAGACCGCCGCGAUCAAAACGUGGCCGUUUAUCACUAGCUUGCACACAAUGUCGCAAGCGCAAAGUGCGAUGCGACGCGACAACGCCCAAGUGUCGCAAUUGUGUUCUUCGCGGCGACGAGUGUGAGACCUUUGACCCAAGGAGACCCAAUGGUCCAGCGGUGCGCAAAUGGCCACAUAAGAGCUCACAGAGCAUAUCUACAAUAUCACCGAUCCAGCGCCGGGCUUCAAUUGCGACCGCGAGCCAACAGAGCUCUCCCGCGUCUUCGAUCUUGGGGUCGCAACAUGCAGGGAAUAAAGAGAGGAACCCAUCGUGGAUUGAGCGCGCAUACCAGGAGAGCCAGAGCACGCCUGAUAGCGGCACAGAUGUGCAUACGAACGACAGUCCUGAUGUGGUCAUGAACACUGAUGAGUCGUCGCAUCGCAUCAAGUACAUGGGCUCAAGCAGCCUACAAUGCCUCACUCGAUUCAUCGACCUUUUCCUCCAGCGACGCGGGUUUGACCCAAUUGGCAAGCAUUUCCGAUGGGGAAUGUGCUUCACAGAAGAAUAUGCCCUUCCGUUGGUGCCAAUUCUCCCGGAUCUUCCAAGCAUGUCAGUCAUGGAGCCCUGCUUGAAGAAAUACUUCAGUCGCACGCACCCUCUCGCCCCCGUUCUCGAUCAUACAGCCUUCAUAUCCGACGUUCUGCGAUUCUCCGAAAUGCAACAGACAUCACCGACUGGGCUUCAAGGCGCGGUGACCUCAGUCGAUGCGCCGGCCCUUGUCGCAGUCUACGCAGUACUGAGCAUCGGAAUGGACGACCACGAAGGGAAGGACGGCCAAUGCUGGCACCUCCUUGGCCAAGCCAUACGAAUUGGCUACUCAAUAGGCUUCCACCGCAAGAUCGUCAUAUCCAAUCCGAACGAUGAUACCCGCAACCAAGUCGACCGACAAUUGCAUUCCCGGGUCUGGUGGGCAUGCUAUGCCUUGGAGAAGUCCAUGCAACUGGAGACCGGUCGGCCGAGCGCGAUUGAGAUUACCGAUUGCGACCAGCCGUUGCCCGACAAGACCAGCGGCCUCGAUCCCUGUUUCAUCAGAUGGGUGUCGCUUUCUUUGCUGGUGGGCAAGAUUAGUGAGCACAUCUUCCAGCGCAGAGCGGAGACCGCUUUGGAGUUCCUGUCAGGCAUCUCAGAGCUUGAUCAGGCGCUUGUUGAUUGGCUUGACGAGGCGUCGGAAGAUACAAGGGCAAACCAAAGCACUCCCAAAAGUUCAGAAGAGCAUUCAUUCGCGGUUUUUCUGUCUCUACAAUUUCAUCAAGCUCAAAUUACCCUUCUACGAGCAUCCCUCCUCUUCCCCGAAGCCUCUUUCAGCAACGAAGUGCAAAAGCACGAGGCCAAGAUUAGCACAACACGACUACUGCAGAGCCAAACAACUUGCGUGGAAGCUGCAAGGUCUAUCAUAACGCAAGUCGCAGAGUUUGCAGAUUCCCAACCUGACUUUCCUCUAUUAACGCCUACACCGACCUUCCUUGCUGCUACAACCCUCGCGCUGCAGACAUUCAAGAAGCCUCACAAGCGCAUGGGCCGCAGCGACGGAGAGCUUGUGCGCAUCGCAUCGGAUUAUGUCGCAGAUUGUUAUCGAAGAGUCGGGCAACACAGCGAAUUCGUGAAAGGCGUGCUCGAAUUGACGCAGCGGGUGAACCAAGUCUUGUCGGGUGAUAAUAGCUCUUCUGUUGAGCAAACACAAAGACCUCCACAGCCUGACUUGCAGACCACAAACAACGACCAGAGGAUGUUGUCGCCAAAUCAGUUUGGUGAUGUCGGGACCGAUUCGUUCGUGUUUGAUCCGUUGGAGUACUUCCAGGACCCCUUCCAGGCCAUGCCCUUGGAUCACUUCUGGGCUGUGAUGGAGAGCGACUUUGCCACGAUUGGAGAUCGAGGGAUGUGCUGA